AUGAUCGUCCCCACUGGAGUCUUGGAGCCCAGAGCCGUAUUGAGAGAUACCAUUUGCGACGUCUACUUCACCGAGGCCGGCUACGUGGAGGCGCCUGCUGGUGUGACCUGGAAGCGGUACGAUGCGCUUGAGAUCCCCGCCAUUCCUUACCCGAGAGUCUCCUUGCGAUGGACAGUACGCGAAAAGCAUCCGUGGAGGUGGAGUUGGAUGGGGAGAUACCCUGGGUAUAAAGAUGUUAUUGAGCUCUUUGAAGGCUUUCAAAGUAUCGAAAUGGGCACGAACGAAAGACAAAGCUUGUUCAAUGGACGAGAGAGGCCAGCCCUGAUUGACCUGGAAUUGCCAAGGCGAUGGCUGCGUCACUGUUUGGAUAACGACGACUGUUGUGCCAAGCUAAAAGGCGAAGGUGUCAGAACAUCAGUCUUCCGCCUCAUCGACACGACAUCAAAGUCAGUUGUUGAAUUUGAUCAGCACCGUCUCGGAGAUAUUCCUUACGUGACGCUCAGCUAUGUAUGGGGCACCACACAACAAGCUAUGCUGAAACGUGAGAAUCUUCUUCGGCUACAGUUGCCCGGUUCUCUUCAGGGGGCCACUCCGCAAACUAUUACAGAUGCCAUGAUGUUCACGUCCUAUAUGGGAUAUCGGUACCUCUGGGUGGACACGCUCUGUAUUAUACAAAACGAUGAUGCGGAUAAGAUGUCUCAACUCCAGAUAAUGGGUGAUAUCUACAAGAAUGCCAACUUUACGAUUGUGGCCGCUGCGGGCGAGAAUUCUGGCUCAGGGCUUGCGGGUAUUCUUACGCCUCGAAGGGCAAUCCAACGCAAAAAACAAUGGCGCUCUGCCAGUUUCCUAAAACUCGAGAUUAGGCCGUAUGUGCUCAGAAAUACACCUGUGCGGCUGGUGGAAAUAUAUGACAUUCCGGAGGACAACAUGUCAAGGACCAUGCCUUUCUCCACGAAUGGUGGAGAAAGCGCAUCGCCGCUGCCAACUCAUAGCUAUCCAAACGCAUUUGAGCCCUUGACCCUCGAUACGAUCUACAAGACUCUCAGCCCGGAUAUUACACCGAAGCGACUCUCUCGCACCCCUGAUGACCAGCUCCUCUUCUUCUGGUGUGAACGUACGUACCUUUAUUUGGGAAAGCCUAGCGGCGACGAAGACACCAUCAGUGUACAUGACGAGGAAGAAUGGGAGAGACCCAAAUACUCCUGGAAAAGUGAUCGCAUGAAGGUCGAAUUCAUUGCAAUUGCCAGUGAUGCUUGCCCGUGGUUUGCGUUGUCAAGUAAUCCUUCACAGCGAGAGAAGCAAGGCAUCGAGUUUUUCUUGUUUUUGAUCAAGAGGCGUCAGGGUAUCGCCUAUAGGGUCGCUACGAUUGGCUUUGUUUCCAUCGAGAAGUGGCUGAAGUUUAAACGGGAGAGGAUUCUUGUUGCUUUGGGGUAGGACGUCAUGCAGUUCUUGGGUCUUCUGUCUGCUUUUUACAUCAACGGUUCUUUC